AUGCGUGCCGCCAUCUUUCUCGCAGCUCUCAGCAGCCUCGUCAUGGCUGCUCCUCAGGGCGAGCCUAGCCCGGACUCUGAGAUUGGUCUCAUUUUCACCUACACCAACGGAACUCAAUCCGAGAUGGUCCCGGUCGAGGACAGCAUCUCUCAGGUGCCUCUCAACAGCGGUGGUAUUGUCGACAAUGUCUUCGUUCGGCCUCUUCUGAACCCUGCAACCCCCGGCAGAUACUACGGUGCCCGCUGCGCUUUCCUGGAUGCUCAGAGCCGCGGACUGGGAGUUGGUCAGGUGAAUGGACCCGGAAUCAUCAUUCUCGAGUCUAAGGAUGUUAUCGAUACUCUUGAGGGGCAUACGACACUUAAGUUACAUAUGCCUUCUGCCCAGUGA